CAACAUUAAACGACAAACUUCCCGUCUUUUGCAGAAUCCGCCGUAACAGUGAUACCUGCAGUUAUCAUGUCUACCACCGUAUUCACACAAGCUAUGUACACAACUUUGUUUUGUGCAACACUGAAAUAUUAUCAGAAGUCGAACAAGAUGGCGACCAAUGGAAGCCAUUUGUUCCUUGCCGCCCAGUGUGUACGAUGUGUCCGCAUUGCAAUACUAUGCAUGUUCACCGAUACCUUGACCAUAUUUAUCCUUCAAACAUUGGGACCCAUUAUCCCACAAGUGAUCAUACAGGCUCUCACCAAGGCUGAUCUCUGCUUCAACUUGAUAUGUAUGCUGCUAUGCUUUAGUUCGGUUAAAACAACCUUCAAGAAGUUUCUCUUGAUGACGUGUUGCAAAGAACCUAAUGACCAACCAAGCGUAACUAAACCAACACGUGGCCCAGUAAAGCGUGACGAUCAAAUAAUUCGUAGUGACGUCAUGUCUCAUGUAGUUUAAUGGGGAGUUGUAUUGAACAGGUGAUGGGUUCGGUCUUAAUCCCAGGUCUCAUGGCGUGCCUCACUGUAGGACCUCACCCAUAUAGAAUAGAAUGUCACAUAUAAUGUUGGGGUAAUGGGCCAACUUUGGCCUAAAUCCC